AGCGAGCGUCAGGGAUGGAUGCCUUCGGCCUUGUUCUCCUUGCCCUCGCGGGGUCUGCGGGGUCCGUGUCGUCUGCUACGGGUGGAGGUCCGACGUCACGGUGGACGGCAGGGCCGCGCCAAGACGAAGGCCUCGCCGUGGAACUCCACGAGGGAGGCGACUACGCCAUCCUCGUGAACGGCCAGUACUGGCUCCAAAACGCCGCCACCUACUUCAACGUCGACGGAACCCUCUACAGCACCGCCGACGGGACCCUCGCCCUCACCGACGGCCCCGUCGAGGGAUCCGGCUCGGACGCCCUCGGCCCCUACCGCCUCUUCACGUGGACGUGGGCCGCCGGCGCGGCGGCGAUCGAGACCUCCGUGGCCGUCUACGACGACUCCCCUUCCCUCGUCUUCGGCCAGAAGUUCCUCUCCGCCGUCGCCGGGACCAGCCUCGGCGACCCGAACGGGGUCGUCUCGUCCUUCCCGUCCUUUCAGGUGCAGGACGGGCUGCCCGAGAAGGGAUUCCUGUCCAUCUACGGCCGAUUCCUGGGUCAGAAGAGGGUCACGAUCGCGAAGUAA